CCGAUUCUCUGACCUCUCCUUAUAACAUCUUUGCGAAUCGCCACUCGUUCCCACAUGCUUCCCUCUUCGUACAAACAGUUUGGCUUCUAUUCCCCGACCAAUGAGAGGACCGCCCUGUCAAGUCGUCCGUCCCUAUCCUACCUUAUUCUGUACACUUCUUAAUACGUUCCUCGCGACUCUCGGUUAUCGGCUUCACAUCCCCCAUAUGCAUGCCUGGGAGACCCAGUCGCUCUCCGGGUUCAUGGCUUCAUGCAUCCCGAGCUAUCUCAGCGCUUGUGGAACCUCUGCAGGUCCUGAUAACGCACCGAAUUGGCAGGAAGCGAAGUUCAGCACUGGGCUUGUGACGGCAGACAUUGACGGUACUUCCUACAGUUACCAUCGACAGCCGUCCCGUAUCUGGGCCCCGACCUUUCCACGUCAACUCUCCCGUUCGCUAUCAGAAAACUUCAUUCAGCCUAUUCAUACUGCCCCCUUCCUUCGACCCACUAUACUGGCAGCGUAGCAGCACGGUGGCUACGGCACUCCGUUCUCCCUACCCGGAUGAUUGUACGGUGUACCCGUGAAGCAAGCUGUUGACUGUCCCGCACACAGCUCGGGAGUUGUCCUGACUCCUCGUAUCGAUACAUUCAAAUG